AUGAAUAAAGCUAACACACUCCACAAUAACACAAUCAUAAAAAUUACCUUGUUCUCUGAAGUGAGUGUUGGGAUCUCAGCUAACAGCAUCCUUUUUCUCUUCCACCUCUGAGUGUUCUUUGGUGGGCACAGACCUAAGCCCAUUGAUCUCUCCAUUGAUUUCUUGUCCCUAACCCAAUUAAUGAUGCUUAUAACUAUGAGCCUCAUAGCCACCGACAUGUUUGUAUCUCGGGGGAGGUGGGAUUCCACCACAUGCCAAUUCUUUAUUUAUUUGCACAGGUUUUUGAGGGGACUCUCCCUUUGUGCUACAUGCCUGCUGAGUGUCCUUUGGGCCAUCACCCUCAGCCCCAGAAGCUCUUGUUUAGUGAAGUUCAAACAUAAAUCUCCCUAUCACAUCUCAUGUGUCCUUAUUGUCCUAUGUAUCAUCUAUAUGUUUUUUAGCAGUCAUCUCUUAAUAUCAAUUACUGCCGCCCCCAAUUUGACCUCAGGUCAUUUUAUGUAUGUCACUCGGUCUUGUUCACUUCUUCCCAUGAGCUACUUUACACGAAGCACAUUUUCUACACUGCUGGCCUUCAGGGAAGCCUUCCUGAUCAGUCUCAUGGCACUCUCCAGUGGGUAUAUGAUGACCCUCCUGUGCAGGCACAAGAAGCAGUCCCAGCAUCUUCACAACACCAGCCUUUCUCCAAAAGCAUCUCCAGAGGAAAGGGCCACCUGGACCAUCCUGAUGCUCAUGAGCUUCUUUGUGAUUUUCUACAUUUUGGACUCUGUUAUCUUCCACUCAAGAAUGAGGUUCAAGGACACAAUAUUCUACUGUAUCCAGAUUCUCGUGUCACAUAGCUAUGCCACAGUCAGUCCCUUUGUGUUAAUUAGUACUGAAAAGCGUCUAAUUAAGUUUUUGAGAUCAAUGUGUGGGAGAACAGUAAAUAUUUGA